AAAUAUUCUCGCAUUGUUAUUGAGCCAAAUUGUCUGAAUGAAACUGCACUGAACGAGUUUAUCAGUUGCACUACACAAUAUGUCUCUCGAUAUCGCUGCACAACUAGUAUGAAAGUGAAUAUUUUAAUUGUUUCACAAACCUUAGCCUUGCAUCAGUAUCAGUGUCUAUUUGUGAACAGUGCUUCAUCUAAAUUUAAAGAGAAUAUCUAUGAUGUCCUUGAUGAAUUAACGGAAUUCAUUACUGCUGUUGGCCUCUCUACUGAAUACAUUAUUACGAUACUUGGUCAAUUGGGAAGAGAAGUUCUUCGAGCUGUUAAGAAGCUCGCAAGGACACGUGAAAUUAAAAUUAUUAUAAUCGAGGAACCAGCCGAAGAAGACCCAUCUGAAGAUUGUUCCUUCGUUCGUGAUCUUACCAAUGAAGCAAAAAAGCAGUUAUUUGAGCAGCACAACUUAAAACUUUUUGGAACGACUAUAGCCCUCAACAAUAUUGUGAGAGAAACUGAUAGUUUGAGUCUGUUAUUUAAUGUUUUAGAAAAAUAUGACGAUACAGACGUGAGAGAAAAUUAUAACUUUAAUCUGCAGAACUUUGAAAAAAUUAAAUCGUGGUAUAUUCCACGAUCGUUUGUACCAUACUCCGAGGAAAACCGGGAGGCUGAACAAUAUUUGACUGAAAACGAAAUCACAGCAUCACUGCUAAAAUCUGUCUUACCUUUGAAGGAUGAAGCGUGUAACCUUCCAGAUGAUUUAAAGUGCGAGGACAAUGUGAAAGUGCACAUCUUUUUAGACGAAGCAGGAUAUGGAAAAUCCACCUACUUUACGUGGCUAGCAUCGGCAAUAUCGAACGAUAAUUCUUCUAUGUUUAUUGUACGUAUGAACGCUCUGCAAUAUUCCUCUGAUUUCUUUUAUUUACAAGCGUUGGAUCCUAAAACCAUCCAUGAUACAGAAGUAGUAAGGAUCCUCUAUCGUCUACUGCAUCUUACCUUGUUUGUGUGCAAUAUUCACAAUCGAGCUGUUGCAGACUUCGAUAAGGAAAGAGAGAAAGCUGAUCGAACCGCAAAACUUUUAACGUUCUCGGAUGGAAAAAUUAUCCUUGACGAAACCAAUCCUGAUGUGUCAAAACUACCUUUACAAGAACUGCUGGAGCUACGAUUGUUUCAAAACAAAUUUAACGAAAAUAAAUUUAUUUGUUUAUUGGAUGGAUUUGAUGAAAUUGUCCCGCAUUAUAAGGAUUUCGUAAUGAAAUAUUUUGCAAGGCUAUCCAACUUUGAAGGCAUUCGAAAUCUGUACAUUUCGACUAGGCCGUAUAAUUUUAGAGAAGAACUGAAACAAACGUUUUCGGUUGGCAAGUUGUGGCGACUGGAGCCGUUUUCCCAAAGAGAUCGAAUACUGUUUUUGAACAACUAUGUAGAGCAUGAAUUAGAAGGUUACAAAAAAAGCAAUGAAGACCAUAAAAUUUCCAUUUUAGAAAAAAUGUAUACUCUUACGACCUACAGUAUACAAGAAUUUAAAAUAAUACCACUUUUUCUGCACAUGGCUGCAAAACUUUCACUCUCAAAAAUUAAAAUUCACCUAAACGCUCAAAAACAAACAACCGUUUUCAAACUUUUGGUGGAUACAAAGUUCGAUCAAUUACAAGUUAUAAGCAAUUUUGUUGAAGAAAAAUUAAGAAUACUAAAUCACGAGAAAGCUGGUACAAUUCAGUCUACUGCAAAGUAUCCCGUUCAAAUAAUGAAGAACGAGGAAGUAAACAAACAAACAAAACGACGUCAUAAUAUUUUGGGCAUGUUAGUCAUAUUUAACAUAGGAGUGAUAACUAGGUUGUUGUCUGACCAGGAACAGCAGGAAGCUAUCGAAUUCAUGCAAGAUGUAGCAAGAAGUAAUGAGAAAACUGGCAUCAUUCAAGAUGUUUGCGAUAAUAUUCCUCGUUUUACUCAUCGAAUUUUCGCUGAGUACUUUACGGCGUGCUGGUUGUACGAAAAUAGAAAAAUUAUAGAAAAUAAAAGCUUUUUCCGAUCGCGCUCAUAUUGGACUACGGAGCUACAUCGAGUUCGGGACUUUCAUAAUCGAAUGAUUUUAAGCGACAGUAAAGGAUGCGAUAUUCACAUGGCUGUAAUUAAUCAAUCAGAACAUCAGGUUCGUGAAUUGUUGUCGGCAAACUUUUCUGCUGCAUCUGUAGAGGAUGCAGUUGGACGAUUACCGCUUCACUUGGCAAUGAUUUACCCAUCCAGAGCAAUUGAGAACUUUUUAAUAAGUAAAACGCCGAUUCAGUCAAUCAAUUUGCAAGAUAAACUUCUUCAUUGGACCGCUUUAGAUUAUGCAUUUGCAAUGAGAUCUGACACAUCAAUCAAAAACCUAUUGUUUGCUGGGGUGACUGUUAAUGGGGACACCUUACUUCAACAAAUCGUAUCUAACAACCUGAAGGAUUUGAUGCUUAACGCUCAUGAUUAUGGAAAAUGGUUAAGCAAUCAUGAAAGCUACAAAAUGGUCGUAAUAAAGCUUCACUUGGAUUUAAUUAAGAAUUUGGCAACUGAAAAACAAAUUGACAUUUUUUCUACUCACAAAGACCUUGAUUCCUUGACUGUUGUAGAAUUCUGCGUAAAGUACAAUAUGGUCGGUGUAUUUAAACAACUUAUGACCCAAAUUGAAAUUCGUGAAAAAAUUUUAGCAGAUCAAUCACAGCACUUGUUGCAGAUGGCAAUCGAUAGCAAUGCUUCUGAAAUCGAGACGUACCUAGCCAGCCAAUGUAACAUGCCUUUGUUACAAACAAAUAAUAGUGCAGAACUUAUUGCUGCUUUGAAAUCCACAAUUAAACUUAAUCAAAUGAUCCCAUUUAAAAUCAUUUUCCAACAACUUUGCCACCAACUCAAUAUUACUGUGAUUAAAGAUGUAAAAAUUGUCGAGGACAUUCAUGAUCCUAGUAACAACAACAUAGCAUCGCUCGACAAAGUUGAUUAUCCAAAGGUUUGUUGCGUACGGAGUUCUAAUAACGUUCGAUUAUCGUUACCUGAAUACGACGAAAAAGAUAUCCUGCAUAAAGGAUACCUCGUCGAAGCUCUUCUUGCUAGAGCAGUACAUGAGGGACACAUCCAGAUAGUCAAAUACAUUGUUCAGAAGAACAACAUGGUCAUUACUAACAGACUCAUUGUUAUGGUCAUGAGAUUGUUACCGAAAGGCUAUACAGUAUGUCAUGAAAAAUCGAUGUCUGCAUUCAUAUAUCUACUUGACAAAACAACAGAUCGGAAUGCUACCGAUGAUGAAGGUCGAAGUCUGCUACAUAUGACUGCUCAAAAUGGUUGCUUCUUCAUGCUGCAUUGUAUGAUUGCCAAAGGUUGUGAUCCUGCAGAGGUAAAUACAAGAAACGGAUGGAAUGUGUUUCACUAUGUUGCGUUUAAUCAGGAUGAAGAUCGUUCGGACAAUAUAUUGGAGUUCCUACUGAAAUAUUGCGGAAUGGAUUGGUUUCAUCAUUUGGACACGUUGGUCGAUUCGGACAAAAUAAAAACAUCCAAUAAUGAAUCCAUCAAUACAACGAUGAAUCCAAAGAAUGGAAAGAACAAUAAAUUGAACAAAAAUCGACAUGCCUUGUUGGCAAUGUUUGCUAUAUUCAGGAAAGACGAUUUAACUAGUCUUUUGUCCGAUGAGGAACUACAAGAAGCUAUCCGAUGCAUGCAGGAUGUAGCUCAGGGCAAUGAGAAGUCUGACAUCAUUAAAGGUGUUAAAGGAUACAAUCCUGAGUUCACUCUUCGAAUAUUUGCUGAAUAUUUCGCGGCAUCUUGGAUAUACAGCAACAAACAUCGCAUGAAAAGCCAGAGCUUUUUCCGGUCGUGGAAAUAUUGGAAUGGAACGGUUCAGCGAACUCGAAGCUUAUUCAAUCACAUGAUAGUAAGAGAUAGUGAAGGAUGUGAUAUUCACAUGGCUGUAAUCAAUGAAUCAGUACAACAGGUCCGUGCUUUAGUUUCGAAAAAAAAAUUUUCGUCAACACUCGUGAAGGAUUCGGUAGGUCGAUUACCACUACACUUGGCAGUUAUUGGCCGAUCAAAAGCAAUAAAAGAUCGCCUAAUUAAAAACACGCCUCUUCCAUCUAUUAAUGCGAAAGAUGAACUCUUCGAAUGGAGUGCUUUAGACUAUGCAUUUGCAAGCGGCUAUGGUAUUACAACAACCGAUUUACUGACUGCUGGAGCGGCAGUGAAUAGAGACACCUUGUUUCAACAAAUCAUAUCAAAUGAUAUACGCGAUUUACUGAGUAAUGCUCAUAACUAUGGAAAGUGGUUACAUGGUCGUGAAAAAACGAAGAAGAUUGCAAAUCAGCUACACAUUCAAUUGGUGGAAUAUUUGCUCAACGAAAAACAUCUUGACGUCUUCUCUCUUCGUGAGGAACUUGAUACCUUGACAAUCCUAGAGUUCUGUACAAAACACAAUAUGGUCAGUAUUGUAAAACUACUUAUGAAUCAAACAGAACAUCAAUGAAAUAUUUCAUCCGAUCAAUCGAAUCGGUUGUUUCAAAUAGCGCUAGACAAUAAAGCACAUGAUACUUUGUUGUAUUUCAUCGAUGAGUGCAAUAUGGUCCUUCCAAAAGUAAAUGACGCUGUUAAACUCAUUGCUGCUCUUAAAUUC